AAUAUCGACAGUCAGAUUUAUUUUUAUGUGGCUGUCAUAUUUCAUUUGAACCAUUAGACUUCCGUUGUUGCAAUUGGCUAAAGUUAAGACAGAAGCGUCGGGAAAUGACUAUAGUAUAGCCUAACAUCAGUUGAAUGUAACUGUUGCUGUUCUUUUGUCUUUAUUUUCAUUUUGAUACAUAAUUUACGUGCUUAAGAUGACUUCCAUCUACGAAGACAAUGACACACAUUCUUUGGAGCUUGUGGAAGGUAUUGGUCAAGAUAACAGUCAAGAGGAGUUAGACUUCUCUUACCUGUUUUUGUAUAACCCAUCUGACGACUUUCGCAGGAAUGAAGCAGGCAACUCAGUGGUUCCCCCUCACGACGAUCACAACCCCUCAUCUAUGGUGCCCUACCCUUGUGACGAAAUCCCCGGUAGCGCCCCUACAACCUCCAGCCAGUCCUCUUACCACCAUGGGCCUGUCCCUGACAGCCUGUCUGGGCCUGGGUUUAACUCGUUGGAUCUCCCUUCCAGGCCAGUGGGUGCUCCCUCCCCUAGCCCCAGGAUUGAGAUCACCCCAUCAGGGGACCCUCACCAGACUCAUCCCCUGGACGCCAGCUCCAGAACCAUGGCCCUAACCGUGCCUGGCUAUGAGAACACGGCCUACCGAGAGCCCCAGAGCCCUGCCAGCAGCAACUCCUCCACGGGCUGGCUGUCUGAGGCCUACUCGCCCUGGGUCUCGCCUUGUGUAUCUCCCAGUGGUGGUGGGGGCGCGGUUGGCUUGACCGCCUUGGACCUCCUCCCGGGCCUCCAGGGCAUCCACACGUCCUCGGCCCACUCCUCCCCUGGGACCUCCCCGCGCACCAGCAUCACAGAGGAGACUUUCCUGGUUCCGCAGAGUCAGCGGUCUUCCUCGCCCCACUCGCAGAGUCAGCGGUCUUCCUCGCCCCACUCCCACGACUACCCCCGCUCUCGCUCCGCCUCUCCUCAGGGCAAACGCACCUACGACCAGUACAGCGGCCCCAAUCUGGGGACCACCAGCCAGCAGCAGCAGCGCUCCCGGAGCCCAAGCCCCAGCCCCUCGCCCCACCACCCCCAAGAACGAUACCUGGCCCAGGCUGACCCCCAGGCCAAUGCCCCUCAGCAGGUGCCCAGCCUUGAAGAGGUGUUGAGCAGCCUCAACUCCAGCCUGCCCAGGGCGGUCCCCUCAAAGAUGGUGCGGCCCAGUGUUGAGUGUUAUACGUACGGAGAGAGCCAGGGGGAGCAUGGACGGAGAGGCAGAGCUGGGGCUGAGACCUUCUACAUCCCUACAUCUGUCUGGCCGGCUCCACUAGCCCAUGGAGCCUUCAGUGGCAUCCCUGUGCCAUCUCUGCCCCCUCUGGAGUGGCACUUGCCCAGUCACUCCGACCAGUAUGAGCUCUGUCUGGAGCAGCAGCCGAAACAGCACCACCGGGCCCACUACGAGACAGAGGGCAGCAGGGGGGCAGUCAAAGCACCUGUUGGAGGACACACUGUGGUUCAGCUUCAUGGGUACAGAGGCAAAGCUCCACUGGGUCUGCUGGUGUUCAUCGGAACGGCUGACGAGAGGAUCCUCAAACCCCAUGCCUUCUACCAGGUGCACCGCAUCACGGGGAAAACGGUCACCACACCAAGCCAAGAGAGAAAGGUCAAUGGCACCAAAGUCCUGGAGAUCCCUCUAGAGCCCAAGAACAACAUGAAAGCAGUGAUUGACUGUGCUGGCAUCCUAAAGCUGAGAAAUGCUGACAUCGAGCUGAGGACAGGAGAGACAGACAUGGGACGCAAAAACACCUGUGUCCGCCUUGUCUUUCGGGUCCAUAUUCCUCAUCCAGGAGGACAGUAUGUCUGUCUUCAAGUGGCCUCCCUUCCCAUUGAGUGUUCCCAGAGGUCGGCCCACCAGCUUCCCACUGUAGAGCGCCAGGACGUGGAGCGCUGCUCGGUUCUAGGGGGACAGCAGAUGAUACUGACCGGACAGAACCUCACCUCUGAUUCCAAGGUGGUGUUCACAGAAAAGACACCUGAUGGGCUGCAAAUCUGGGAAGCGGAAGCUACAGUAGACCGAGACAAGAGCCAGAAAAGCAUGCUGUUUGUGGAGAUCCCUCCAUAUCGAGAUCCCACCAUUUAUCACGCGGCUAAAGUCAACUUCUAUGUGAUCAACGGGAGGAGGAAACGCAGUCAGGCGCAGCACUUCACCUACACGCCUUUAACGGUUCCUGCCAUUAAAACGGAACCCGUAGAUGACUUCCAGUUCAGCCAGCUGGACUGUGCUGUCUCCCAAAUCCUAGGAAUGUCACCCAAGACCUACCAGCACACCCCCAGUAGCCACCUCAACCCUAAUAGCCAAAUAGUGGCUGGCAUGACAUCCUUGGCAUCCUGCCAGCGUGCGAGCCACCACGACCCCACUGUCACAGUGUCAGCCUAUCAACCACAGGACCCAUCUGUCUAUUGCCCCAGUAAAAGCCGAAGCCUGGGUAGCAGCCCUGUCCUGUAUCAAGAUAUGAACCACCACCCAGUGAUGAUCCACAGUGGCUCCCCAUCUCAGAUGUCCUAUACCCAGCACUACUCCAGCCUAGUGUCCCAACCCUUCCACCCCUCUCACUCAGCCACCAAUCAGCGAGUUGUCAACGUAGCUGUCCCAGUGGCCCAACACCAGCAUGCCACCAUGGUGGGUGAUGGGUACCGGGCUGCAGCUUCAUUAUGGAAGGCUGGUGCCUCGCCAGAGGUCUGUUCCUCAGAAGGCCGGUACCAGGGCUUCAUGCACACGGUGGUGCCUGUCUCGGGCAGGUCUCCACCACGACACAGCCACAUCCUGACCCAGAGAGGUCCAGCCACUACGGGGAGCCAGAGUGGGCCAGUCCGUGGGAAGGUGACGGCCAAGCAAGAAAACCUGAACCAAGCCUAUCUGGAUGAUGACAGCAUCAGAUACAUGGGCGACACAUACUGAGACAGAGG